AUGGCUAGAUUCGUAAGACUAUUUUCUACCAUCAAGUCCAAACCUAUAAGCAUCUAUGAAAGCCCAGACUAUGCAAAGCUUGCCUCUAUUAAAGGAAAUUUCGUAAGAGAAGCAAUUUCAGUUCUAGGCCAAAAAUAUCACCAAUUUGUCCCAUUUUACUUGGAAUCUCGCCUUACAACAAUUCAAAAGCGCUUUGUUGUGAAAAUGGACUUGCUUCCUGAAGAGAAUAAGAUCGAAAUCACCUCUCUGCAACUAGGCCAAUUAGACGCCUUUAAAGUUCCUAUAGAGCAAGUUGUUCCAGUGACUCCUCAAGAAUACAUUACAUUACAUUAGGAUUUAUACGUUUAACGUCCAUUACAGGGUAGACUUUCUCCAGGUCUGCCGCUUACCUUUUGCCACAUCGGGCCCCAGUUGCUGGGACAACUCGCUUCGAUCACUAGGGUGCGCCUAGGCAAACGUCAUCGGCUUCGACAGCUCAUGAGUGAGCUACUUGCUUGAGGACAUGGGCUGCUUUUCCGAAAACCCAAAAAAUGGAUUUUCUGGUCAGCUCUCGGCAAAAAAGGAAAAACACGUAGCUCGGGACGUAACACCCGGUUUCACGCUAGGGAGUUGCCCGAUUGGUCCUAAGGACUUUGCUGAGCUUCCCCUUUCCAACUUGCGUGCCUCCUUCCCCAUGAGGAAAAAACCAUUCCUGAAAGUAGACUUGCUAGGCUAUGAGCACAACCAGAAUUGCUUACCUAGCAUUGCCGUCCAUCUCUGAAAUAGCAAAACCUUGCCGGAUAUAUUUAAAAUAUGAGUCGAGGCUGCAUGGCCAGGAGGCCAUGCCCAGACGAAGACGCCAUAUUUUAAUUAUGACUCCUCAAGAAUACACUUUUAAUCAUUCUUUUGGGAAGGUUUUAAAGCACGCAGAAUUUAUGGAUUUAGAAAUGGUUUAUCUUAUAAGGAAGCAGCAAGAAUUUUUGGUGUUUGAUAAAGAAGGAACUUGGAACCAAGAAGGAGUUAAUCAUCCAAGCUUAUCAAUGGAAAAGAAUUAUAAAGAACACGCAUGGAUGGACUUCACAUGUUCGCCAAGAGCUGAUAUUAAUGGUGGGAAUAUCUAUAACAAUUAUUAA